GCACACGUCAAACUAGCUAGCCAUAAGACACGUGCCAAACAUCUUACUCAAAGUUGCAUCAAGUGACUGCUAACUCUUUAAUAACGUUAUUUAUGUAAAAAUGUAGACAUAUAAAACUUAAAUGCCGUCCUUACUCACAGACAGGCUUGCUUUGUGACCCACUUUGGAGAGCGCGUUGGAGCCUCCCACAUGAAGUUGAGUCCAGGAAAUUGUGGUUACUUGGCGAGUUCCGCGGUGCAAAGUGAAGACGCGCUGCUCUACUUCUCUUUGGGUCUACGUGUAGCACAACUUUGAGGAGAAAUUCACCUAAACGUGUUACCAUCAAGGCUGCAAGAUGUCAGUCGCGGGAUUUAAGAAGCAGAUCUAUAAAGCGACUCAGAUGAUGAGUGAGAAAGUUGGUGGAGCAGAGGGAACCAAACUGGAAGAAGAUUUCCAAGAACUUUUGAGAAAAUCUGAUAUUACCAGCAAAGCCGUGGUUGACGUCAUGACUAAAACUUCUGAGUAUCUGCAGCCAAAUCCUGCUACAAGAGCAAAAUUGACAAUGCUGAACACGGUGUCAAAAAUUCGAGGGCAGGACAUAAACCCUGGGUACCUUCAGCCUGAGGGGGUCCUGGGUGAUUGCAUGAUUAAAUAUGGAGAAGAGAUGGGCAAUAACAGUAAUUUUGGAGGGGCCCUAAAAGACUUUGGAGAUGCAAUGAAGAGGAUGGCAGAUGUCAAGGAUUCCUUGGACAUUGAUGUAAAGCACAACUUUCUUGAUCCACUGCAGGCAGUUGCAGAAAAGGAUAUCAAAGACAUUCAGUUUCACUUGAAAAAGCUGGAAGGCCGGCGUCUGGACUAUGACUACAAAAAGAAACGUCAAGGCAAGAUACCUGAUGAGGAGAUCAGGCAAGCCCUGGAUAAAUUCCACGAGUCUAAAGAAAUGGCUGAGAGGUCCAUGCACAACCUCCUUGAAACUGAUGUGGAGCAGGUGAGUCAGCUGAAGUUCUUUGUGGAGUCUAUGCUGCAGUACCACAGACAUGCCACAGGGAUCUUGGAAGACCUCCAAACGGAGCUCACAAAAAGGAUGGAUGAGGCUUCUGCACGACCAAGGCGUGAAUACACACCAAAACCAAGGCCUUCCUUUGAUUAUGGUGAGGUGAAUAACUCCAAUGGUGGCUACUCACCAGCUGUGUCCAGCCCUCCUCCUGCAUACUCUACAGGUCCUCCAUCCUUCCACAAAACAUCAUUCAAGAACAGACCACCUCAGCCGUCAUGUAAAGCCAUGUUUGACUUUGAACCAGAAAAUGAAGGAGAGCUUGGCUUUCAAGAAGGCGACGUCAUCAUCUUGACCAAUCAAAUUGAUGAGAACUGGUUAGAAGGGACACUUCAUGGGAAAACGGGGUACUUCCCAAUAAACUAUGUUCAAAUAUUGGUGCCACUGUAAUGCUGACAGCACAAGGUGUAUGAAUGAGGACCAAUGGCCUGGAUACAAAAAUCAUAUCAAUAGGGAAAAUGGUGAUCUAAAAGCAGGGAUCAUUUUAAGUGGGACCAUUCUUGGUGAAAGUGGAAUUGUUUUAUACAGAUUAAUUUAAACAUACCAGGGUCAUUCACUUGUAGGUGCCUUUUCCACUUGCCAAGACAUUUGAUAAUGCACUUUGUACACUACAUGUUUAUGACACUCCAGCAGAAGAGCUGUUUCUUUUAAUAAUAUAAUCAUGACAACACAGAACACAUGAAGUGGCUGGUCACAACCAUGUAGUGCAGUUUUACAUUUAAAUGUUGUGCUAUAUGAACCCUGUUCAUGUCAUUAGACAAGAAACACUUAAACUAUAUCACAUCAACAGCAACAGAUGCAAUUCAAAUAGAAUUUAAUGCUUAUUUUGUGUUAGGAAAAUGUGCCUCCUAAGGAUACUCCUUCUGGUAUGACAUGUGCAUGCAUUUUUCUAAACACUAGAUUUAUGCCUUUUGCUGCUUGGAGUCUGCUUAUAGUGAUCAUAUGCUACCAUCUGGUGGUGGUUCACUAUACAAUAAAUAAAUUUGCUUUAAUUUUAUAUGCUACAUUUUAAAAAUAUAUAGAAGUGGUUGAAGUGCAAAACCACAGCUAUUUCCUCAGGCUUGGAUACUACAGCAGUGUUUCCGGUGUUGUUUCAAGCAUAGAAAUACCCCAUAUUUUAAAGGAUAGAUUGUUUUUGCCAUUGUUUGAGGCAUAAAUUGUGAGCGACACCUCAUUCAAAAGGCUCAAAAUAGUGGACUUCACCUUUGAUAAAGCCCUACAAAGAUGCAGGAUGAGAUUUGUUCCUCUUUUAAAACAGUAUCUCCCAUUCCACUCAUCCCGAACAUCACUGUUCAGACUAGAAGUGGAACAGACAGGCCCUUUGAGCAGAGGAGGGCCCAAAGCAGUGGAUUAUGCCCUCCCCCACUAGUUUUUAUUCAGCACCUGCCUCUGUACCCCUAACCCCUUUCUCAUUAUUAUCCCCAUCCCUGUCCCAUGGUGCCUUGGGAGCUCAGCCUCACUGGUUCAUCUCCAAAAUAGCCACUUUCUUGGUUUGCUAGCAUAAGACCAUAUUUGGUUCCUGUUGUGUGUUGGGUCAGGGCAUUGGCUCUCAUACCAAAUCAUUGCUGUGGUUCAGGUGUACGUUUACAUGCCUCAUUACACUAAAUCAAAAGAAUAUAGUUAUAGAGGGGAGAGUGAGGGCAGCAGGGGCUCAGCUUUGGCUAUUAUCCACCUUGUAUAAUAUUGAUGGAAAGCGCUGCUGAACAAAAGGGAUAAGAUCAAUUUGACUCUGCUGCUGCCAUGGUUAAAAUAGUUGGUCUGAAAACUGCAGCUGUCAUUUAUAAUAACACUAAAAUAAUGAUAGUGAUAAAAAUCUAUUUAAACAAAUGAAGUAUUUACAUGAACUUUUUCCUUUCUGUACAAUGUCAUUAUAUGAACUGUAAAUAUGCUUUGCAUGUGUCUCACAGCACCCGCUCUCAAUUUAUUUCCUUUGUGGCAAUGAUGCUGGAGAUUAUUCUGGAUUAUCUGAGCAGGAUCUACAGAUUACCUCUGUAAUCUUUAGUGUACUAUAAUAAUAUUAUUGUAAAUGGGACUGUUUGUUAUUUUUGUUCCAAUAAACAUUGCAAUUUACACUAC